CAGCCUCUGUUCUUCACUCUCUCUUACUCUCUGCUUCUCUCCUCGUUUCCUUAAAUGAAAAGCUUUGCUUUCUUUAGUGACUCCAAUGGCAUCUUACACAGUGGUCAUUGUCCCUCUCAGGAACAGGGUUACCAGUCUGGAUGCAGUGCAUUUCUUCCUCUGGGUGAAAAAACUGAAGGACUUGGAGAGGGAAAAGGACCUUCUGUGGAUGGGAUUACAGGCUUUAGAGCAGGUUCGAGAGAGUCUAUGCUUGAAGCUGGAAGACUAUUCCAGCAAAAAGGAGAUGAGAAAAGGAGACACCCCAACCCUGUUGUUGGCUCAGAUCCACAGAGUGAACAGGGCAUUGAGGAAUCUAUUGUGUAACUGCAGGAAUCCCAUCAAUCCUGCUCAAGGCAGGCCUUCGAUAGAAGGUACUGAAGGACACCUGCCCUCUCCUGCCUGUUCAGAAGAAAGUGCUUGUUUUUAAUCAACUGUUUAUUCUGAUGUCCUGUAGUGUGUUUUACAGUAAUACAGUAAUAUUUCUUUGAGUGGCUUGAAAUCAUUUUAUGUGCAAUAAUGGAGGUGUAUCGAUAUUUGACAUUUACGAAAUGUGCAGUAUACAAUAGAGCACUCUGGAUUUAAUGAAUCCAUCUGUACUGUAAAUGUGAUGUAAUGUAAAUGAUGUCAUUAACCCUCUGGUCACUUUUGACUGAAAAUGGUUAUGGUAACUUUAUCGGAAUGAAUGCGAAACCUGGUACCUUUUGUGGCACUGGCCGAAACAGAAAAAAAGUACAUGAUUGUAAAAGACUAAGUGUCAAGAGAGAAAAGUCAACACUUCACUAUAGAAAAUUGAUGGGAAAUACAAUUUAAAAAAAUAAAAUAAAUGCAGAGUA